AUGCCCCCAAUUAUCACUACCAGUGUGGGAUGCCUGACUGCUCACAGAGGCCAAUAUAAGUGCAUCAUUGAGGAAAUUAACAGAGAUGAUCUACUCACACUCUAUAACAGGGGAAGGCUCAGUACAGAUGCAAAGAGGAAGGCUGCUUUUAAAGAGUGUUUUAACUAUGUUCAUCCCAUCCCAUCCCCUCCGAGCACUGCCCCAAGCACGUCAAGCCCUUCACAGCUUGGCGUGCCAUGGUAUGUAGACUUUCGUCUCAACUGGGACCAGGUGUCCUCAGCCAUUCGACUUAGAGUGGAAAAAGAAGAAAGACCAUUGCCAGACCAGAGAAAGGCCUUCGUGCUCGUGGACCAAAUGAUGCAGCACGACCGCAACCCAUCCAGAGCCAUGUGCCACAGCAUUGUGAGAAACGUUGUCAGGAGCCAUUCAAAAACAUUUGGCGACAUCGGCAAGCACGGUGAUACUGCUGGAGACGGAUGUCACUCUCUUCUGCAACAAGUAAAAACGAGAGUGGAGUACAAAAAUAGGAAUAACACUCUUGCUCAACGAGGCAGAGAAGGAAGACCGCGCACGGGAAUGGCAGGAGAGGCCAGACUGGCAAGAGGUCCUGUUGACCAAUACGGGUGUAUGAGGUGGGGCCCAGCAGAUUUGCCAGAGGGGGAGACCGAGGCAACGUUGGAGAAUAGGAAGAGGGAUCUGCUCAACAUCUACUCAGGCAUGCAAUCUACUUGUGUGGGGGGCGGCUACCAAAUUGUUACUUGGGUACUAACAAUACAUUUGUAUGUCUGUAUACACAGAGGAAGGAAUGAGUGGCCGUUUCUCUUCUCUCAGAAAUGCCUAUUCUCACACUUUGGCAUCCUGAUGGACAUCGAUGUCCUUCUAAAACUAGUGGAGGUAAUUAGUCGACGAGGACAGGCCAUCCUGGAUUACUGUGCAACACUGGACAACCCCAAGAUCUGCGAUGUUCUGGCCCGCUAUGAUCCAGACUCUGACAAGGCUGCCUGCAUCCUGCUGCUCCUAAUGUCGUACUUCAAAGAGCGGAAAGAGAAUUUGAAGCUUAAAGUUGAUCCAUGUGCCACUGCUGUGGACGUUAAUACUGCAGAACUCCCCAGCACCCACUGUUUGAUCAUUCAAGGUGACAUGAUGAAGCCCUCUGGAUGGCUUAUAUCCAUCGAGGGACAUGUCGUAAUGGGCCCACACCCUUUGUUUUUACACAGAGUAGCUGCUUUCUUCAGCAGCUAUUACGUCUUCAACCUUGAGUAUCCUGUCGCUGGAUCGUCGACGCUGGAGUCCAUUCAAAGGUGCUUCUUGGGCAUCAAUCCUGAAAGAGGCUCAAAAAAGGGUGUGAGCACCCUUUUGAGGAAACGUAUUGACUUUGAAAUGUUUGAGACUGAGAAGAGCGCCUGA